AUGUUCGACACGGUCUGCACCAUCCCGCUGUCCUCGGACUUGUUCAGUCAGGCCCUCCACCCUAACGAACCCGUGGUGUCGGUCGGCCUUGCGACAGGCCAUGUCCAAACCUUCCGACUCCCCGUGGAAGAGAGUGACAAUGAAGACGAUGCUGCGUCAAAUUCCUCGCGCAAUGGAAAGGGCCACAUCGACACUAUGUGGAGGACGCGCCGACACAAGGGCAGCUGUCGUACUCUUGGCUUUGGCAUUGACGGCGAAACGCUGUACUCCGCUGGCACGGACGGCUUGGUGAAAAUUGCCAACUCAGAGUCUGGUGUUGUGUCGAACAAGAUUGUCAUUCCGUAUGAGAAGGACGGAUCUAUCGAUGCGCCGACUGUUAUUCAUGCGCUUUCUCCUCAGACUCUUCUAAUUGCUACGGACUCUAGUGCGCUGCACCUCUACGAUCUACGAAUUCCCUAUUCUAAGGUGUCGGCGCGCCCUGAGCAGUCGCACCACCCCCACGAUGACUACGUCUCCUCUUUGACGCCUCUGCCCGCCUCGGAUACUAGUACUUCUGGUUUCAGCAAGCAAUGGGUCACCACGGGCGGUACAACUUUAGCCGUGACAGAUCUGCGACGGGGUGUCAUGGUGCGCAGUGAAGAUCAGGCGGAAGAGCUGAUCAGCUCGGCUUACAUUGGUGGUCUUCCAAGCAGCGGUACCAGCCGUGGUGAGAAGGUUAUCGUGGGUGGUGCCAGCGGUGUCCUGACAUUGUGGGAGAAGGGUGUUUGGGAUGACCAGGACGAGCGUAUCUACGUUGCGCGUGACGCAGAAGGCGGCGAGUCUAUCGAGACCAUGGCGGUUGUGCCGGAUGAGCUGGGCUAUGGCAAGAUGCUCGCGACCGGUCUCGGCAACGGUAUGGUCAAGUUGGUGAGCAUCGGAGCCAAUAAGGUUGUGUCGGAGGUGAUGCACGACGAGACCGAGGGCGUUGUGGGCUUGGGCUUCGAUGUUGAAGGCCGCAUGUUCACUGGCGGUGGACAAAUCGUUAAGGUUUGGCAUGAGGCUGCGGGCGCGGGCGCUGGAGAUGGCAUUGGUGGAAAGCAUAUGCUUGGAGAUAGCGAUGACAGUGAUGAUGACUCCGAUAGCGAGCAAGAGAAGCAGAAGACGAAACAGGAGGACAAGAAUGACCGCAAGAAGCGAAAGAAGGCCAGUCGCAAGGACGGUGGACAGCAUGUCAUGGCCUUCGCUGAUAUGGACUGA